CAGAGAGCAGUUGUCAUCCGCAAAAAGUUGCGUUGCUUGCUCAAUGUCGAUGCUUAUUUUCCUUAACUUAGGGUGCAUGGCUUGGUUAUAUGUGCCCGUUAAUGGCCGUCUCUUUCUAAUUUCUUUCUUUUGCCUUAGCUUAACUAUCGUCAUGGACUCCUCUUCCUCUUCCCAUCUUCUCAAAAAUGAAGACGAGAAAGUCCAUGAAGACCCUCCGAUUAAAGACGCCACUGUUAACAAAUACGGAGAGAUUAUGUCUACUUUGCCUAGAGAAAAAGAUUGGGCCAAGUCCUGUGAUGAUCUCUAUCAGUACCAAGGCUUUUGGUACACAGGCUUCUUCUUGGAAGGAAUCCUCUCUGCUCAAGACCAUUUCAAGGCUCGAUCCACCGAUAUACUCCUGGUUAGCUGCAUGAAAACUGGCACCACUUGGCUUAAGGCUCUAGCUUUUGCCAUUUUUACCCGGGCAAGCUUCGAUACUUCAAGUAACCCUUUACUCAGCAAGGGACCACAUGAUUGUAUCCCUUUCUUGGAGGUUGAUCUUGCACAAGAAUACAGUAGGCGAGACAUGGAAAUUCAGCUUUUGAAUACACACAUUCCGUACACUUCAUUGCCAAAAUCUAUUAUUGAUUCUGGCUGUAAAAUUGUCUACAUAUGGAGGGACCCCAAGGAUGUGUUCAUUUCCACUUGGUUUUAUGUUGGCAAGGUACUGGCAUUCAUGGGUUUCGAACCCCUUCCCAUGGAAGAAUCGUUUGAGCUGUUUUGCAGAGGAAUUCUAACCUACGGACCCUACUGGGAUCAUGUUUUAGGGUAUUGGAAGGCAAAGUUAGAGUUUCCUGAUAGGAUACUGUUCUUGAAGUACGAGGAAAUGCAGAAAGAUACCUAUUUUUACGUGAAGAAAUUAGCAGAGUUCAUGGGUUACCCUUUCACCUCAUUGGAAGAGGAAAAUGGGGUAGCACAUAAGAUUACAGAAUUUUGUAAUUUUGAGAAUCUGAGCAACCUGCAAGUGAAUAAAAGUGGAAAGCAUCGUGAAAACACACCCAUGGCGAUUGACAAUAACAUAUUCUUUAGAAAGGGAAAGGUAGGAGAUUGGGAGAAUCAUCUGACGCCUGAAAUGGGAGCUCGUCUGGAUGGGAUAAUGAAGCACAAGUUAAUGUGUUCUGGCCUGAUUGCCUCCUCACAUGAGAUAUUAUGCCCUCCCAAGUGCCCCAAGUGAUAAACAAUAUUAAUUAUUCAUGGUUCAAAGACUAUAAUUUCAUGGUAAACCAGAUCGAUUUAUCUCAUUUAUUAAUUGUUGGAUCGUCUAUACAAUUAUAAAUUUACUUC